CUCUCCUCGAUGUGACGUUUUUCAAUGAAAACUUGAAAAGGAAGGUUUGGGGAGACGGAACCAAAACAUCUGCUGCUGCCAGUGUGAGACUUCACUCUGUAAAUCAGGCGAGUCAGUUAUAUCCAGCCAUGGAUCUGAGUGGAAUUCUGGUGCAGAUUGAAAACGGGAACGAUGAGGAAAUCGAAAAGCGUUUGCAGGAAUACAACGCAGAGAACUCUAAGACUUUUUCUUUUGACUGCAAACAAGAGGAAGCUCGAAUAAAACUAUGUCAGGGCAUACUCACAGUGCUCGAUCAGCCUGUGCGACCCCAAUGUCAGAGCACCUGUCUGGAGACCAUGCGCAUCUUGUCUCGUGAUAAGCGUGUCCUUGGGCCUGUAGCAACCAAUCAUGGCAUUGUCACUCUUGCACGGUUGGCAUGCGUCCCAUUACCUGAUGUCGAUGUGGAACCUCUGGAGAAAUCACUCUCGUUGGCUGAAGAGCGGGUAGUGGUGGAGGCGCUCAAGUGCAUGUGUAACGUGGUGUUUAACAGCGCAGCAGCGCAGCAGGUGGGAGCGGACGUGCAGCUGGCGCAGGGUUUGUGUGCCCGGCUGCGUUUGCUGACCACCUCCAAACAUGAUGUGGAGCUCUUCUCUCUCCGUUUGCUCUUCCUGCUUUCUGCCCUGAGGCCAGACGUCCGGAGACUGCUGCAUCAGGAGUCAGAUGCUAUGGAGCUGCUCAUUGGUAUACUUGAGCGCACCUUGGAUGUGCGCUGGGCGGGGCAAUACGAGGUCAUGUGUCCUGACUCACAGGCCCCGCCCCUUUCUCUAGAGAGGAGUGAGCGGACAAUGGAGUCACUCAAAGUUCUGUUCAACGUCACUAUGUCUGACUCCAGUGAUGAGCAUAAUGAUUACCAACUGAGACGUAUCACAGCCAUAAUGAGGCACAUUCUGAUGCUGAGGGUUCAGACAGAGGAGAAAACUGAAGAGCUACACAGUCAUGCCAUAAAUCUUCUGAGCAACCUUCCAGUAUCCUGCAUGGAUGUCCUGAUCGAUGUGCCUGUACAGGGAGGAUUUGAGAAAUAUGGUGGAAAGAACAUGGAUGUUUUCCAGGUGCUUCUGGACUUCAUGGAGAAAAGAAUAGACAAGUGCUCAAACUACAAAGAAGGCCUGACUCCAGUGCUCAGUCUGAUGACGGAAAGUUCCAGGUACCAUCGGGAGAUUCGCAGAUACCUCAAAGCUAAGGUUUUACCACCUCUAAAAGAUGUGAAAGUGAGACCAGAAGUGGGCAGCACAGUGCGUAACAAACUGGUGCGCCUCAUGACUCACAUAGACAUGGGGGUGAAACAGGGAGCUGCCGAGUUUCUUUUCGUCCUCUGCAAAGAAAAUGUGGACAACCUUUUGAAGUACACUGGCUAUGGCAAUGCUGCAGGGCUGCUGGUGGCUCGGGGGCUGCUGGCAGGGGGCAGAGGAGACACUGAGUACUCUCCUGAUGAGGAUUCUGACACAGAAGAGUAUAAAUCAGCAAAACCAUUCAUUAAUCCGAUUACAGGCCACAUAGAGGAGCCAAUGCCAAACCCAAUUGAGGACAUGACCGAGGAACAGAAGGAGUAUGAAGCUCAGAAACUUGCAACUAUGAUUGGCGAGUUGUCAAGGCAGCAGCUGAUCCGGCCAAUGGGGGUGAGGAAGGAUGGCUCACUAGCUCCACUAGAGGAGACGCUACACACAUGCAACGUUCCAGAGUGCAGUGACUCGGACUCGGAUUAAGGCAUGCCGACCCUACUCACUCACACGCUCAUUCACUGAACCUCCAUGGAGUCAGCACUUCUUAGAAAAAGAAUUGAACUUGUCAUUAGUUUGUGUUAGAAACAAUUUGGUUUGUGCCAGUUUGAUUGUUCAGACAUGACGUUCAGCAUCAAUGUGAAUUAAUGACCAAGAGUGGAGUCACAGUGUAGAAUUAAACAGGCUAUAUUUUUCUUUGUUCAGCACAAACAUUGCAGUUGUUUGAGAUUUUGUUUCUUUUGUUUUGAGGUUUAAUGCUCUGUGACAUUACCCCCCGAUCAUAAAUUAGCCAUUUCAUCAAGAAUCUGUGCUGCACAAAAGGAACACAUUUUAGUUCAUUCACUGUGUUCCUUACUGGAACAAGGCCAGUGACAUGAAUCUGAUGGAAUCUGCAUCAGUCUCAGAGUGUUAACGUUUCCACUGCCCCAUUCAGAACCAUGCUGUAACACGUUUUGGAUUUUCUGUUCCAUCACUUUAGCAAUCAUUCCUUACCUUAUCUGAGGUACGCUGAACUGUUACAAAGCAUUUCUGCCUAAAGGGAUGGAGAAAAUGUAGGAUCUUAGACUGUUAAUAUUAUCUUAUCGGUGUAAAUAGGAUAGCUAGCAUGGGCUGCUCUUUACCACUCUGGUGUAUGUGUCUUU